CGGCCCUCAGCGACUCCGCCAGUCCGCACACCGGCGGCUCCGCUGCCCCACGGUCGGCCGCACUCCGCUGAACAACAAUGCUCAAAAACACAACAUAACUGACAGACCCAUCGGCGGUUGCCGGCGAUGCUCGAUCGGCCGGCACGCGUGGCCGUCGGUCGUAAAUAGUUUGAUUUAUGAAAGCCACAGGAGGAUUAAGUUUAAGCUGAUUAGGACUCGUGCAAGGGGCGGGAGUGCGGUGCAGGGGCCGGGGCCGGUGUCGCGGGUGUCGCGGAUCGGAAGGAUGGCGCGGCGCGGCGGCGCGGCGGCGCGCGGCGCGGGCUUGCGGCGCUGACAUGGCCCUCCGGCCGCGCCGCUUGCAGCUGGCGGCGCCCGCGGGCCUGCUGCUUCUGCUGGGCCUGCUCUGGCCGAUGGGGGUCCUCGGUGGGUACCACGAGAAGCGGCUGCUGCAUCAUCUGUUGGACCACUAUAACGUUCUGGAGCGGCCGGUGGUCAACGAGAGCGAUCCGCUCCAACUAUCCUUCGGCCUCACACUCAUGCAAAUCAUUGAUGUGGACGAAAAGAACCAGCUUUUAAUAACAAACAUCUGGCUAAAAUUGGAAUGGAAUGAUAUGAACUUGAGGUGGAACACUUCUGACUUCGGUGGAGUUAAAGAUUUACGAGUGCCGCCACACAGAUUAUGGAAACCAGACGUCCUUAUGUACAAUAGUGCCGAUGAAGGUUUCGACAGCACAUAUCCGACCAACGUAGUAGUACGGAAUAAUGGGUCAUGCCUCUACGUGCCGCCUGGUAUUUUUAAGAGUACUUGCAAAAUUGAUAUCACUUGGUUCCCAUUUGAUGAUCAACGAUGUGAGAUGAAGUUUGGGAGCUGGACAUAUGAUGGGUACCAACUGGAUCUCCAACUACAAGAUGAAGCUGGUGGAGAUAUAAGCAGUUUUGUAACAAACGGAGAAUGGGAGCUUAUUGGUGUACCAGGCAAGCGAAACGAGAUCUACUACAACUGCUGUCCAGAACCGUACAUCGACAUAACAUUCGCAGUAGUGAUCCGGCGGAAAACGCUUUACUACUUUUUCAAUUUAAUUGUACCGUGCGUGCUAAUUGCCUCUAUGGCUCUACUGGGAUUCACUUUACCGCCAGAUUCAGGAGAAAAACUAUCUUUAGGUGUGACGAUCCUGCUAUCUCUGACGGUGUUUUUGAACAUGGUUGCGGAGACGAUGCCAGCCACAUCAGAUGCAGUACCCCUGCUCGGCACGUACUUCAACUGUAUAAUGUUCAUGGUGGCUUCUUCGGUUGUUUCUACUAUACUUAUUUUGAACUACCAUCAUCGACACGCCGACACGCAUGAAAUGAGUGAUUGGAUUCGCUGCGUGUUCCUGUACUGGCUGCCGUGGAUACUGCGCAUGUCCCGGCCCGGCUCGGCAGUGACGCCGCCGCCAGCGCGCGCGCCUCCUCCACCGGAUUUGGAACUUCGCGAGCGUUCCUCAAAAUCACUCCUUGCCAACGUGCUCGACAUCGAUGAUGACUUCCGGCAUGCUCAUGCGCAGCAGCCCCCCUGCUGCCGAUACUACAGGUCCCUCGACGAUCUACACGAACACUACUCGCCGAGCGGAGAGGAAAACGGCGCAGGUCUAACUACACACAGCUGUUUCGGUGUAGACUACGAGCUCUCCCUAAUUCUUAAAGAGCUUCGAGUCAUCACAGACCAGAUGCGCAAAGACGACGAAGAUGCGGACAUUUCGCGCGACUGGAAAUUUGCCGCCAUGGUCGUGGACAGACUGUGCCUUAUUAUCUUUACCCUGUUCACAAUCAUCGCCACGCUAGCCGUGCUGCUGUCCGCACCACACAUCAUGGUGUCGUAGCGACCCGCCCGCCUGCGUCUGCGCAUGCGUAACGUUCUGUGAUACCGCGAAUAUUUGUUAAGUUGUGAUGUGCGAAUUGGUGCGGGCGCCGAUGCCGCGGCGCUGAAGUUGCCGCCGCCUGCUUUGCCGCCCGCGCCCCCUGUAGACAUAAGUAACCGCUGACUGCCAUCCCUACGCAUAAAUACUUAUACUGCCUGUUCAUAAUCUUCUUCUUUAAUCUUGAAAUCAGUCCUUCGAUGCCUUCGGCUUUGACUCUCAGAACAUUCGAACAACUUGUAAUGUUUCAGCAUGAUGAUAUUUCCCUGAGAAAUCAUCACACCAAUACCCACCCUUCCAAUAAUAAUAAUAAGAAUGGUUUCUAAGCAAUCGACCGAAUCGAUUUCGUGGCAGUAAUUAACAUAUCUGGUGCCGAUACAGCGACGACCAGGCUUUUAGUGAUCCACGCUAGAAUAGUCGCCAUUACAGGAGAUCACAAUUUGUGACUGUGAUCGUUACCGAAAUUGUAGCACAAAAAUGUCUUCCUUCAUACCUUUUUAUGGUCGGUCACGUUUAAAAUUUAUUACAUUGUUAGAUCUUCCUUGAUCCUAUGUACAGUAUAGUUGAUUGGGCAGACAAAAUAAGCCCUUUGUUUUUCCUUAUUCGAUUCCGUGAAUCGUGGUUAUGGUCCCUAACUUUAUUUUCGAACGUAUUUGUGUCAGUAGCUAGUAUAGAACUUUACAAACAAUGUUGUUUCAAUUGGUACAGGUUGUGAUAUGCCUCGUUGUGAACGGGACGAUAUUGUUAUAAAUAAAUAUCCAAAGCUAUAGCUUAAAACGCUCGUUAAAAUUGUAGUUAAUGAAAUCAUUAUUUUAUUAAAAUCGUACUCGGUCUUUCGAAACAAUGUUAUACAAUUACAAUACAUGAUAAUAUCACGUUUGUACCUACGUAACGUAAUUUUUUCGAUACAAUCGUAUGUAAUGUUAACUUUUUGAAGUUUUGGUCAUAAUAAUAUUAUGUAAAUUUAUUACCAUCAUGUCCACGACAUCGAAACCUGUUCCGUUGCAAUUGUUUACAUUCAUGCAUCAUAUCCGAGCAUUCCAAGAUACUACCGAAUUACGAGGAUUUAUUAUUUGUAAUAUACACAUUCAAAAAGACAACUUUAGAAAUAUGGUUAUUCAUAGUGAACGCUUUCGAAUUUUAUUUUUAUUUGAUAUUAUUAUCCAAAUGCCGUCAUUUUAAAUGCUUUGUUUGGAAAACAUUUUCAUCUACCGAAGGGGAAAACGUUAAUGAUGAUAGGAGCUGCUCGGAUACACUCAUCGAUUGAAUGCUGUAUCCUCGCAGAGCUCCUCGUAUGUUUUCCCGGUCGGAGAUAACAACUGCAGAAUCCAUAGACGUUUCUUUGGAAGUUGCGAAACGAAUAUGAAUACGUGCAGAUGUUUUCCCAUCAUCCUUAUGUUUUUUGUUGUCGACAACUAAUACGAUCAUCACAGUUGUGUAUCAAACUGUUAAGAAAAUCCGCGCAUUAUUUUGCUAUCGUAUAUGAAACUAUAGGAUAGAUAAGUAAUGUGCGGUUUCCUCGGCGAUGUUGGGACGUCGUUUGUCUCCAUAAAUUGUUCAAUUGUUAGGGUUAAUACUCUGAAUUGCACUUUGUUUAUUAAAUAUAAACGAACGAAACAAAA